ACCAUCACUAAUGUAAGGAAUUAUAAAACCGCAGCACAAUGUCUGCCAUUGGCUUACUUCGCAAAUUUUCUACAAAUUCUAUAAAGUUUUCAAUCAACAAAAAUGCUGUUGGUGGUCGCAGAUUAGUGGAAGGCGUUGCAGUUGCUCCGCAUGGUAAAACUAUUGUGGCCUGGCAUCCCGAUCCCACAUAUCCAUAUGAGUUUAGUAAACCUUUACCCACUGCAACCGAAAGCCAAUCUACAUCUUUAAUGAAGGAAGAAUCUUUGAGCACUGCUAUGAGCGCAUUCAAAGAAAAAAGGCCAGAAGUUGCUCGAGAAGAAUUGAUGCGUUUAACGCAUACAACGAAACAUAGAUGGUUCCCUCGCUCUAGGGACAAGAAGGCGAAAAAGACAGUCAUGGACAGACCUUAUUUGUGAAUGGCAAAUACAUAAGCAGCUAUCUGCAAAAAUAUUGUUGAAUGCAUUACACCUAUAAUAAAAUUGUUAAUAUGAAAAAA